GUAAACCUCCCCAUGACCCAUCACAGCACCCGCAAUCCCCAAAUCUCAAACCCCUGCAAAACCCUAACACCUUCACCAGCACAGAGCUUCCACCCACCAAAGAAGAAGAAGAAGAAGAAGAAGAAAUGGGGAAAAUCCCACCAUCACUUCGAUCCUCAGUUUCAACCGCACUUAUCAAAAAGCCAUCUUCUUUAGUCCCAAACGAGUCCCCAUCUCACAGACCCCAUCACUUUCCCAAAAAAACCACCAAGAAAAUCCCACCCCAACUUUCUGAGAAAACCAGAGAACCAACCUUCAGAAACCCCUUCACCUCCGCCAACCUCUCAGACGCGAAGAAGGUCUUCAACUCCAUCGUCACCACCACAAAAGUCCCACUUGACCUUCGCGUCCACAACGCCCUCCUCCAAUCCUAUGCCUCAAUCUCCACGCUCAAUGACUCCAUCUCUCUCUUCAACCACAUGAUCAAAACCCACCCUCCUUUCUCUCCCGACCGAUCGACCUACCACAUUUUGCUUUCCCAGUCCUGCAAAGCACCUGAUCAGACCCUCAAACCCGUACACCAAGUCCUCAACUUUAUGCUCACCAAUGGCUUCAGUCCCAAUAAGGUCACCACGGAUAUCGCAGUCCGGUCACUCUGUUCGUCAGGUAAUGUUGGCCUUGCCGUGGAAUUGAUCAAAGAAAUGUCGCUUAAAAACGCAGCACCGGAUUCUUAUACCUACAAUUUUCUUGUUAAGUGUCUCUGCAAGUCAAGUGCUGUGAGUACUGUUUAUGAUUUUAUUGAAGAAUUUAAAACGUCUUUCGGUUUGAAGCCUGAUAUUAUCACUUAUACAAUUUUGAUUGACAAUGUGACUAAUAGAGAGAAUUUACGUGAGGCUACUAGGCUAGUGGAUGUGUUGGCAAAGGAGGGAAUUAGGCCUGAUUGCUAUAUUUACAAUACAAUUAUGAAAGGUUGUUGUACGUUGAAUUUGGGCAAUGAGGCACUUGAGGUUUUGAAGAAAAUGAAGGCGAAUGGUGUGGAGCCUGAUCUUGUAACGUACAAUACUUUGAUUUUUGGGUUAUCGAAAUGUGGGCGAGUUGUUGAGGCUAAGAAGUAUUUGGGUGUCAUGGUUGAGAUGGGUCAUUUCCCGGAUGCGGUGACAUACACUUCAUUGAUGAAUGGAUUGUGUCGGAAAGGGGAUGUCUUGGGUGCAUUAGGGUUGUUGGAGGAGAUGCAAGAAAAGGGGUGUGAACCGAAUGUUUGCACGUAUAAUACAUUGCUUCAUGGAUUGUGUAAAGCAAAAUUGUUAGAGAAAGGGCUAGACUUGUAUGGGGUGAUGAAAGAAUGUGGGAUGAAGCUUGAUACAGCUUCUUAUGCUACACUUGUGAGGGCACUUUGUAGGGAGGGGAGGGUGGCAGAUGCUUAUGAAGUGUUUGAUUAUGCAGUUGAGAGUAAGAGUGUAACUGAUGUUGCUGCUUAUACAACUUUGGAGGGUACACUGAAGUGGCUUAAGAAAGCAAGGGAACAUGGCCUUGCUACCUAACUGGUUUGUUACGGGGCUGUUGUAGGUUUAAGUUUUCAAGAGUCAUUCUUGGUGAAGCAAGAAAGCUGAAUGUAACAUAUUAGCACACCUGCAAUCUAUCAGCACCAGGACAAACAACUCUUAUGGUGAACGACAAUGAUAACAAAAUCCCUCAAGUGGAAGGCCCGUCCUGGAUGUGAAGCCAUGGGGAAGGUUCAUACAUCUAGCCGUUAUCCCUAAGAUCUAUAAUUCCGUGAUGCUGCAACAAAUUGCAAAUUACAGGAGCAGCUUGAGCAUAUAGCGGAGCCAGAUUAUCGACCGGCAUUAAUAACCUUAAGAAACUCAAUUUCCCCAUUUUGUAUUCACCAUCCAGACAAAAGUUAUCCUAUGUGCAAAUAAUCCUCCAACUAAAUCACCAUGGUCGCAGCAAAACUUCUCCCCCCUGAUUGGCAUCAGUCAUUAUCUACUAUUGAUUGUUGAUCUGCUACUAGCCUACUACUCUGGGGAGCUGUAUUGUCUGCUGUUAUCCACACACAGAUUUUUGUUAAAGUAGUCAAAAGGCAUUUAUAUCUAUUCUUUGUAAUUGUGGCUUUUUUGAAUUUUAUGGAAAGGAAUAGAAUAAGACCCAAAUUCUCAUA